CAUAUAGGUCCGUACGUAUCGCAGCUGAGCAUCCGCAGUCCAACACAUUCAAUUUCAAUCUGCCACUUAACAACAUUCGCAUUUUCGGCACCUAUCCCUAUCGAGUUUCGGCGACUGCGACGGCGGCGGCCGCAGCAGUAUAGUUUUGUUCGUUGACCUAGGCCUCACGUGUACGCGUACAACCGCAAUCACGCAGUAGGCUCCGAGUGCUGCACGCAGUCAGCAACCAACGACACAGUGACUACAGGUGUCGUAUACACUUUGGACUUCCGUCAAGCGGAUUGCAAUACGGCAUCAAGAUGAGUGCCGCACUGGCGAUUGUGAUGGUCUUCGUGGGAUGCUGCAGCAAUGUGGUGUUCCUAGAGCUGUUGGUCAAGAUCGACCCCGGCUCGGGCAACCUGAUUACGUUCCUGCAGUUCCUGUUCAUCGCGCUCGAGGGCUUCAUCAACACAUCUAAAUGUGGCACGGUCAAACCGCGGAUCGGCCUCCGGGACUACACCAUCCUGGUGGCGAUGUUCUUCGUGGCGAGCGUCUGCAACAACUACGCCUUCGACUUCAACAUCCCGAUGCCGCUGCACAUGAUCUUCCGGGCGGGGUCACUGAUCGCCAACAUGAUCAUGGGCAUUAUGAUUCUGCACAAGCGGUAUGCCUUUUCCAAGUAUCUUUCGGUGGGUAUGAUUUCCGCUGGGAUCGUGAUCUGUACGAUCAUUUCCGGUAAAGAGGUGAAGAGCACCCAAACGAUUGCCGCCGUCGAGGAAGAGGACCCGAUGACCACACUGUUCUGGUGGGCGCUGGGCAUUGCACUGCUGACGCUAGCCCUAUUCGUGUCCGCUCGGAUGGGCAUCUACCAGGAGGUUCUGUACAAGCGCUACGGAAAACACCCGAAGGAAGCCCUGUUCUAUACGCAUCUACUACCGCUGCCGUUCUUCUUGCUGUUGACCACCAAUAUCUGGGACCACAUCAAAAUAGCCAACGCCAGUGAGUUGUACGAGCUACCGAUCGUCAGCAUCGGAGUUCCAAUCAUGUGGAUAUACCUCCUGGGUAACGUCCUCACGCAAUACCUCUGCAUUAGUUCCGUGUACGUCCUGACGACGGAGUGCACUUCGCUAACCGUGACGUUGGUCGUAACGCUACGAAAGUUCGUUUCGCUGCUGUUCUCGAUCGUGUACUUUAGCAAUCCGUUCACGAUCUACCACUGGAUCGGAACGAUACUGGUCUUCACCGGAACGAUCAUCUUCACCGAAGUGGUUGACAAAGUGCGACAAGCACUGGCUCCAUCGAAGCAAGCGGCGGCAGUCGGGGAUAAGAAGGCGAACUAAGGAUUGUUGGUUUUGUGACCAAUGGAAGCUGCAGAUGCUCAUGAAAAAACCUUCAGUAACCAAUAAGCAUUGUAAUGUGUGUGUCAUUAUAUCAGCAUACAUGGCACGUUCCGAAUACCAAAAAUUCGUACAUGUUUAAUGUAAGCUAACACGCUCUUGGUUACUUGAAAAGUAUGCGAUGAUGGUGCUCUCCCUAAGGGAUUGUUCAGGGUUAAUUUUUGUUUUUCGUGUUUACAAGUGUAGCAAAUUUGUAUGCUGUUUUUUUAAUUGCUUGAUUUCAUUUCUACCAUAGCUAGAGUAGAUAAUACAAAUUUUGGACGCAGCACGGAAUGUUUAGAGAUUUGUUUUCAAACCAAAAUGACACGCAUUGAAGUGAUAGUUCAUACGAGAAAAGUUUAGUAGAGAAAAAACAUAAGAAUAGCAAUUAGAAAUUGCGCUCAAAAGAUUGGUUAAACGAAAGGAAAACUGGGGAAUAUUGCCUUCCAGUUGCAAUAAUAAAGAAUCACGUUUUGUAUGCUGACAACAACCUGAACAGGUACACGUAAACCAUUAGCCCGUUAGGUUACCAGGUCGAAUUGUAUCCACUUGCUAUAUAAAAUAAAACUUAUAAUUUUCCUCAGCAAAAUAAAAACGCUAAACUACGUUAAUAGUGAUAGGCAAUAGCCGAGCCAGUUUCAGUAGUAUUCAUAUCGUACACAAAGUGUUUCUAAAGACCAAUAAAUAUAGCUUUCCUUAAA